CCGGGCGCGGGCGGGCGGCGCGACCGCUGCGGCUUUGCCCGGCCAGAGGCAGCAAUGGAACGGUUCGGGGUGAAAUCGGCGCCGUCGCGGAACCGCUCCAAGACCGCUCUGUACGUGACCCCCCAGGACCGUGUGACCGAGUUCGGCAGCGAGCUGCAUGAGGACGGGGGGAAGCUCUUCUGCACCUCCUGCAACGUGGUGCUCAACCACGUCCGCAAGUCCGCCAUCAACGACCACCUCAAGUCCAAAACGCACACCAAGAGGAAGGCGGAGUUUGAGGAGCAGAACGUCAGGAAGAAACAAAGGACUCUGACUGCCUCCCUGCAAUGCAACAGCACUGCCCAAACAGAGAAAAGCAGUGUGAUCCAGGACUUUGUGAAAAUGUGCCUGGAAGCCAAUAUCCCACUGGAGAAGGCUGAUCACCCCGCUGUGCGAGCCUUCCUGUCCCGCUACGUUAAGAACGGCAGCUCCAUACCCAAGUCGGAGCAGCUAAGGAAAGCAUAUCUGCCUGAUGGCUAUGACAAUGAGAACCAGCUCAUCAACACUGAAGACCGUUGAGAAGAGAACUGUUUUCAUCCUUGGUGUGAAGUUUUACAUAUUGAUGGUGUGGUUUAUUUUUAUAUUCAUGCAUAUAUACAGUGUUACAUAUUGAUUUUACAAGCUAUUUUGUAUUCUUGUAGAAAUGACAAUCUACUUCUGAACUUAGUGGUGUGCCACAGAUUGUUGCUAACCCUGCUGUGAACUUCAGAGCUACAUUGAUGUAGAGCUCACGAGGAAUGUAGGGAGCAUCCCUGGCACACACCUGAUCUCUGUUCAGUCCAGCUGUAACUGAGGCUGAGAAAAAGGCACUUGAAUGGAUGGAGCACCCCACUUCACAGUGCAACUAAGAAGACCGUGUGAUAGGGAUUGCUGCUCAUGGCAGUGGAUUGCUUUGUCCAGUAUCCUGUCCCUGAGUGACGAAGAAGAGGUGCUGCACCUUUGAAAUGCAAGAAGCUCUAGGAUGAUUAGUUAAAAUAUCACUGUUGGGGGAGGACUAUUGCAACUUUCUAUUCAAACUUGGUUUAAGUUUUGAAACAGGAAACAUUUUUCUUCUAGACCUCUCUCUUACGCUGUUUGGUGCAACUGUGGAUGUAUUUGUUAUCCAGCUUAACCAGCCAGUCUCUUGUACUGACCUCUGAAUUUCACUAUACUCAUAAGCCUAGGAGUUCUACCCUGUCUGCUUUUCUAAAAUCAUUGUUCCUUUGUCUUGGUUUCACAUGCCCCCUUCCACUUCAGUGCCAAUACUUGGAAGCUGAGUAGACAGUAACUGAGUGUGGUUUGCAGUGCAGCUGCUGUCAAGUGAAACUUAUGCUGGACCAAGUUCGUAGCAGAGAAGAUUAAUGCCUUUUUCCUACUAGCAGGACUAAGCUAAAUCUAAUUUGGGGAUGGCACAGGCACUAAAUUGAGGAAUUGGGAAAGUUUUUUCAUUGUGCACAGGAGAAGAGGCUGCUCCAUCUUUCCCUGAAGGUCCUUUACACCUCUGGCCUUGUCAUCAGUCAAGGGAAGUGAAGUGAUUUAAAAUAGUUUUUAAAGCAGUUACUGCAAAGGCUCUUCAGUACUUGUAAGCACAAGUAGGAAGGCACAUACACUCUGAACUUAUACUGGAAUUACAGACCUGGGCUGUAUUUCUUACUCUGUGCUAUGGCCACAUCUAUUGGACUGGCAAAAACCAAAAUGGGAUAUUGAAGAAUUUCAAUAAUGUUACUCUCUCCAAAAUCUAGUAAACUGUUACUAAGCUGUUCCAAAUGAUGACGCCAAAUAUUUCACCUGUCACAAGUGUUCUGUAAAGGUUUUGAAUGAAAUGAGAGUACUGUGCAAAGUGCUAUAAUUCAACUGACCUGUGCCUGCUCCAGAUCUCCUGGGGAUGCUUUGGGUUCAGAGAGGUGCCAAGCAGCUCCUGGGGGCACAGGAAUCCUCUCUCCCCAUGGGUACAAUGGUAUAAGGAUGCUUUAACUCCUGAGGGUGGAGCCACUUGUCCAGCUUCCUUUCCCCAGCAGAGUUUCACAGCAGUUUAUUUACAGCAAUACCAAGGAAUUGCUGAAAGGAGACAAAAUAACCAGAUUAUUUUGGGUUUGGAGGUAUUUCCCUAGGUGUAUAUAGAGCAGUCUCCUUUGAUGGGCUGAGAGAGAUUUACAUACUUAGUAACAACUAUUUUUUUUGUGCAAUUAGCCUGCAGAAAUGCACUUGUGUUCCAUGUCCUGCUAUGAAACUUGCUGGAAUAAAUAGACAAAGUUAGAAAGUAGAAGGUUUCUUACCCAUGUGCAUCAGGGGUGCUCACCCCACUGCUGGUCUAGGACUUCAGGCAGAAAUAACAGUAGCAACUUUUUAAUUUAAUCCUAGAGAUCAAGAUAUGCCUUCCUAAAUAUCAUUUUUUAUUGCACAAGCUUGGAUUUAGCUUAAAAUCCUUAACUGCCUUGGGCUAGAACUGUUUAAUAAAUCUUCUGAAGCCAAGUGAAAGGUAAACUGCCAAUAGUCUUUUCUGUCCUGACAAGAAUUGAAAGUAUUUUCUCACAGCUGCUGUUUUCUUACAGUGAAACAAUAUCCUUGCUUUAUAUUUUAAUAUUUUUUGAAACCUCAGCAGUGGUAUCUUAGCAUUGUAUCAAAUAGAGAAUAAUGGGCUAUUGAGAAAACAAAAGCAGCUAGAAAAAUGGGAUGGUCAAAAGGUAUGAAUUUGGGCUAGUUCACUCAGUUUUUGCUAACAUGGGAUUUUCCAGACUGCACCCCAUAACAAUUUUUUAUAGUUUAGAUGCUGUAUAUUCUUCCCUUGACUGACUGACAGACAUUUUGAAAUGCUUCAUGGGAACAUUAAUUAGGCUCUUGUAUAACUGGAAAAAAAAAAAAAUCGUUUAAAAAGUUACAGUUUUACAUAAAAAUAAAAAUAUUGGUAAGUGUAAUGAACUCACUUUGCAGGACUGCUGCCUUAAUAAUAGGAUAUUUUCAUUUAAAAAUGAAAAGAUGUUGAUCUUGACAACAAACAUUAAUAAUGGAGUAAAGUUAUGAAAAAUAAAGCACUUCCAGGUGAUCUAGAAAGAAUGUGUAAGUUUAGAAUCAUGAACAUAACCCAAAUCAUCAAGACAUUUUCGAGAAAAUAUGAGUUAAGUGAUUGCAUUCUGUAAUGAAACAGAGUCCUGCAAACACUCAAAUUCAGAACGUAAUUUUGCCAGUAUGGCUGCAGUUGGAUAAAGCAUAACUUCCUUUUAAUUGCUGUUCAUCUCAGGGAAGAUUUACAGCAGAAGUUUUCUCAUCUGUCUAAACCUAAGGAAUAACUAAAUCUUCAUCUAUCUAAACCUAAGGAAUAAAAGUAAAUUUGAGGCUGUGAUGGAGUUGUUUGAACAGUCACCAUGGAUGUUUAAUUUCUUGUGCAGGAAUGUAUUUCCUGUAAAGAAGAAAAGUCUCAGAAGUAAAGGGAGGAUGGUAACAAUGUCAGCUUUUCACAUUACAUCCAAAUGUAGGAACAAGCUCUAAGGGAUACUUUCUGCCAGGUGGUUUUAUGAAUAUAUUUGAACACUAAAUCUAAUAGAAAAAAAAAAUAAAAGAAGACAUAUUUUCUUCUUUGACCAAUACUUAAACUAACAUAGCCAAAUUAUUUAAAAUUACUCCCAAGUGUUUUUCUUGAAUCAACGUGUGCAAAGAGUAAAAUACAAACAGGAGCACUCUCUGUUGUGUGACUCCUUACAAUGAUAGUUUCAGCUUGCAUGUUCCUGAAUAAACAUGAGCAAGCUUAAAAAAUGUUAAUAAUUUUGAAGACUGUAAUUUGGCAGGUCCCAUGGGAAGGUGAAGCAUUCAGCAUAAUGAAAGGGAAAUCUGUUUUUCAACUGAGAGAGAAACUUGUCCUGCAAAGUAUGGGAUAUUCUCAUGAAAAAGGCUGGUUUUAGCCAGAGCCCCUUUUAGCAAUUCUGUUGAACUGAAGAGCGAGAUGUUCCCUGUUAGGUUUUGCAGCAUAAUGAGCUGGUUUUCAGGAAAAUGAAAAGCAAAAAGCUGGAAGUUUGGCAAGGAUAAUCUCUAUUUAGAUUUGCAUAUAAAGAGAGGCAAGGCCCACUUGUUGUUGCAUUCACAUUGUACUCACUGCUACUUACUCUGUGUAAUUUGAGUGCUUGUUGUCUUUGUACAAUUUUAAAGUCGUGUCUAACUUUCAAAAUAUUUUUAUUUUAACAAAGCUUCUCACUGUAAUAGUGCUGUUAGAGUUUAGUCUCUUUUGGUCUAAUGAAGAUGCUUUAUUUUUGUUUUGGUGGUAGGAAUGUUUUGUUCAUGGUGAGUGGCCACAGAAAUGGUUUUAUUUAAAAAACAGUCAUGAACUUAUGAUUAGAUACUAGAGUGAGGCUGAAGAUACCUGGGUCCUGCAGUACCACAAGACUUCCUGUAGGAACAUAAGACCAGAGUAAGGGAUUUAAGUUUUUAUAUUAAAACAAUACUGAAGAGAAAUACUUUACAUUGUAAAGUUUUCACUUGGUAAUGAAAAAACGGUCUCUUUAAAAAAAAAUAAAGGUAUUCCUUUUUUAUA